GCCAGAAUACCAGCGAGCAGCACAGGCCACCAGUCUGCCACCAGUCCACGCCAGCGCCCACAGCCCAUGGAGCCCCGGCUGCUCCUCCUGCUCCUCGGCCUCUGUUCAGCUGGCCUCGUCCUAUGUUCCGAAAAUGAGACCCGUCUGGUGGCAAAGCUAUUUGAAAAUUAUAACAGCGUCGUACGGCCAGUGGAAGACCACCACCAGGCCGUGGAGGUCACCGUGGGCCUGCAGCUGAUACAGCUCAUCAACGUGGAUGAAGUAAAUCAGAUCGUGACAACCAAUGUUCGACUGAAACAGCAAUGGGUGGAUUACAACCUAAAAUGGAAUCCAGAAGACUAUGGCGGCGUGAAAAAAAUUCACAUUCCCUCAGAAAAGAUCUGGCGCCCAGACUUGGUUCUCUAUAACAAUGCAGACGGUGACUUUGCCAUUGUCAAGUUCACCAAAGUGCUCCUGGACUACACCGGCCAUAUCACGUGGACACCUCCAGCCAUCUUCAAAAGCUACUGUGAGAUCAUUGUCACCCACUUUCCCUUUGACGAACAGAACUGCAGCAUGAAGCUGGGCACCUGGACCUAUGAUGGCUCUGUGGUGGUGAUCAAUCAGGAGAGCGACCAGCCAGACUUGAGCAACUUCAUGGAGAGCGGGGAGUGGGUGAUCAAGGAGUCCCGGGGCUGGAAGCACUGGGUGUUCUACGCCUGCUGCCCCUCCACCCCCUACCUGGACAUCACCUACCACUUCGUCAUGCAGCGCCUGCCCCUCUACUUCAUCGUCAACGUCAUCAUUCCCUGCCUGCUCUUCUCCUUCUUAACCGGCCUGGUGUUCUACCUGCCCACAGACUCAGGAGAGAAGAUGACUUUGAGCAUCUCUGUCCUGCUGUCCUUAACUGUGUUCCUUCUGGUCAUUGUGGAGCUGAUCCCUUCCACCUCCAGUGCCGUGCCCUUGAUUGGGAAAUACAUGCUGUUCACCAUGGUGUUUGUCAUCACUUCCAUCAUCAUCACCGUCAUCGUCAUCAACACGCACCACCGCUCCCCCAGCACCCACGUCAUGCCCGAGUGGGUGCGGAAGGUUUUUAUCGAUACUAUCCCAAAUAUCAUGUUCUUCUCCACAAUGAAAAGACCAUCCAGAGAAAAACAAGACAGAAAGAUUUUUACAGAAGACAUCGAUAUUUCUGACAUUUCUGGGAAGCCGGGGCCUCCACCCAUGGGCUUCCACUCUCCCCUGAUCAAACACCCCGAGGUGAAAAGUGCCAUCGAGGGCGUCAAAUACAUCGCGGAGACCAUGAAGUCUGACCAGGAGUCCAAUAACGCGGCCGAGGAAUGGAAGUAUGUUGCAAUGGUGAUGGACCACAUUCUCCUUGGAGUCUUCAUGCUCGUCUGUAUCAUCGGAACCCUGGCUGUGUUCGCAGGUCGGCUCAUUGAAUUAAAUCAGCAAGGGUGAGCAGAAAGCUGAGCCCAGCCCACUUCUGCCCCCGCACCGGGCAGAGCAGAGAAAGGCAAGAAAGACAGGAAGAUUUGCCUAGUGGGAUACAAGCUCACUUAUCAAACAUUUCAUUUUCUGUGUUUAUGAUUAAUGAUAUUGCUUGGCAUUGACAUAAGGUUGUGGCCUCCAGGUGUCUUCACAUUGCUUCUCCCUUCAGUCCUGCUCUGCCUGGAGAGCGAGGCUGUUUCAGUAAAUGAAACAGAACUGCUACAAGAAGUGUUCAUUUCCAAUGGUGCCUGGAAGAGUUUUGCCCAGAAUAACUGAGAUUUCCUGUUGAUUUGUUUUGUUUCAUUUUUUUAAGCAAAAAAUGUAUCCUUUGCUUAAAAGCCAGUUUUGUACCUACUAGGAAAGCCCCAUCUACCAGUCCCAAAAAGAUAAAGCAUUUCAUUCAGAGAGAAAGGAA